AUGGCAUUCCAAUCGAACAAAGCUCCUGGCCAUGAUAAAGUACGAAUGUCUACGAUAAAGGAUGCACUUCCAUGUAUUCUCCCAGUUAUUACUGACAUGAUAAAUCGCUCGUUACAGACUUCAGUCUUUCCAUCAGCCUGGAAAAUAUCAGAAGUAAUACCACUUCUUAAAGAGGGAGAUCACGAAGUGGCAAAUAACAAUCGACCACUAUCGUUACUACCAGCGACUUCUAAAAUUUGUGAACGAGUAGCAUUAAAUCAACUGACCUCUUAUACGAACAAAAAGAAAUGCCUAAGUAAACAUCAAAGUG